CAGGUCCUUCCUUUCUGACUUUCAGUAGCAGAGAGAAACUAAAGACGUUGAAGAAAGACGCCUGUGGCCUCUUGCUUGGCAAUAACAAUGCUGCAGCAAUGAGAUUAUAGUGAGCCCUUCCUGUGUGGCCUCCAUGGGUCCCACUCAACUCAGCACACAGGAUCAUGGGAAGAGGGUGGCAAGUGUAUUUGAGAUGGAGGAGGAAGGGCUUUCGCUCUUCUCUGGCUCAGAGAACCCUCCUGAGCAUGCAGAAAAUCCCCCCCUGAAGCGGAAGAAGGGUCCAGCCCCUAAGAUGCUGGGAAAUGAAGUGUGCAGCGUGUGUGGGGACAAGGCCUCUGGCUUUCACUACAACGUGCUGAGCUGUGAAGGCUGCAAAGGCUUCUUCCGCCGCAGUGUCAUCAAGGGUGCACAGUACGUCUGCAAGAAUGGCGGCAAGUGUGAGAUGGACAUGUACAUGCGUCGCAAGUGUCAGGAGUGCCGGCUGCGCAAGUGCCAGGAGGCAGGCAUGCGGGAGCAGUAUGUUCUGUCUGAAGAACAGAUCCGACUGAAGAAGCUGAAGAAGCAAGAAGAUGAUCAGGCUCGGACGGUCGUGGUGCGUCCAAACCCUCCAAAUCCGCCAAGCCCUUCCCACAAACUGACGCCUGAACAGUUGAGCAUGAUCAAAAAGCUUGUGGCCGCUCAGCAGCAGUGCAACCAGCGCUCAUUCACAGACAGGCUCAAAGUGACGCCGUGGCCCCAAGUUCCUGACCCUAAUAACCGUGAAGCAAGGCAGCAGCGUUUUGCUCACUUUACAGAACUUGCAAUUAUCUCUGUGCAAGAGAUUGUGGACUUUGCCAAGCAACUACCUGGCUUCCUGGAGCUCACCAGGGAAGACCAGAUCGCUUUAUUGAAGACAUCUACCAUAGAGGUGAUGUUGUUGGAGACAUCUCGGCGCUACAAUCCAGAGAUUGAGAGCAUCACCUUUCUUAAGGACCUGAGCUAUAAUAGGGAUGACUUUGCCAAAGCAGGUCUGCAGUUUGAGUUUAUUAACCCCAUCUUUGAGUUCUCAAAGGGAAUGAAUGAGCUACAGCUCAAUGAUGCUGAAUAUGCACUUUUAAUCGCCAUCAACAUUUUCUCUGCAGACCGACCAAAUGUGCAGGACCAGUCCUUGGUGGAGAGGCUGCAGCACACCUAUGUGGAAGCCCUUCAUUCUUACAUUUGCAUCAAUAGACCAAAUGAUCGCCUGAUGUUUCCACGGAUGUUAAUGAAGCUGGUCAGUCUUCGGACACUAAGUAGUGUCCACUCUGAACAGGUGUUUGCUCUUCGGCUGCAGGACAAGAAACUCCCUCCCCUGCUCUCAGAAAUCUGGGAUGUGCAUGAGUGACUGCAUGCUCCCAGGGCACUGAUGUGCUGACAUAAUGCCAUCUCCCAGCCUUUGCUAAUGAGAAACCAGCCUCCCCUCUCCAAAGCACUGAACUCUGGGCUAGGCAGUGCAGGAAGUGACGAGCCUGGGGUUUCAAUGUUGUCAUGAAACUAUGCAGGAGGCAACUGGGGUAGAUCCAGAGGGAGGGGUUGGUUUCGAUGUAGUGCCCAUACCCCAAAGGAAUAACGUGAAACAUCUGAAAGCGGUAGAAAUGAAGACCUUCUCCCCACACACAUACACCUCUUUCUUCAGGAUCUUUCUCUUCUCUAAGCAUGUCCUGAGGGCUUGCCCAUUGAUCCUUUCCUGUUGUUGACUAUGGAAAUGAAUUUGCAGGAACUUGCCAGACCCUCUCUAUUGAGAGUAACCCAGCUCAAAAGGCUUCUGCAGGGUCCCCAGUGUAGCUGGAUCUGAGGAGCUCAGGGAAGUCAAUGUGGAUGUUCUAGGGGUUUCACUGGGUUUCUUAUAAAUAAAAUCUCUUGUAUGUGCUGCCAUUUACAAUGAUUCCAAGGGAAGUACCUAUUAUUUCUUUAUUAUGAGACUUCAUCUCUAGAGCUGCCCUUUCAUUCUGGCCCUCCUUUGGAAAAUAAUUCCUCUAAUGUGUGGUGCCCUCUGUCUAACAGGGACGUCCUCUGGGCAGGGAACAUUUGUACGUCAGAAAGAUGUCAGGCAUGAAGUAGUGGAUUUUCUUAAUGUAAUACAUUGCAGUUUUAUCUCAUGGUGAUUCUCAGCCAGUUCAAUUUACCUUUGAUUUGCUAACAGCUGGAAAAUUCUAGUUCAAAACAAAUCAGGGCAUAGAUUUUAUCUUUAGGGGCGGAA